GAACGUGUGAACAUGUGUGGGGCGGCCGAGUCGGUCGUAUAAAAUCGACACGAUCGCUAGAUGGCUCUUUUAGUUGAACGACGGUCGUACGGCACGGUGCGCUUAGGCGAGAUAAAGGGACUGUUUUGGGGGCUGCUGGGAAAAGCUCAUCAGUAAGCCUGGCCGGGUGAAAAGUGUUUGAUGGUGAAGUUUGGUGUCGUCUUCCUUAAAGAAAAAUUGUUUGUGUCCACCGCGAGUGAGUUCUUUGCCGAAGAAAACAAAAAAACGGGUGCACCGAAAGUUUCUCUGGGCUAAAGACGUGAACCAUGUGGGGAUACAAGGGAACUGUGCCGGUGUCGGUGAUGCUGCUCGUGUUGGCCGCCACAAGGAUGCCCACCCCAGCCUGCGGCGCUAGGGUGUUGGCCAUCUUUCCGUCGCCAGCCCGCAGCCACCAGAUAGUGUACCGUGCGUUCAUGAAGGGACUGAUCGAGCGGGGCCACGAGCUCACGAUCAUGACGACGGAUCCGUUCGCGGCGGAUCAUCCGAACGUGACCGUGAUCGAUUGGAGCUACGCGUACAGGAUUGUGGAGGAAAACCUGGACGUGGUCGAUAUGAAGCAGCGCAAUAUGAACUUUUACCAGAUUGCGGUGGAGCUGCGGCGUACGACGCGACUCUUCCUGGAGGCGCAGCUCGCCCAUCCGGACGUGCAGGCGCUUAUCCACAGCCGGGACGCACACUUUGACGUGGUGAUCGUGGAGUACUACCAGUUCACACCGAUGUACGCGUUCGCCGAGCUGUUCCAGGCGCCGAUGAUCGGCAUCAGCUCGAUCGAUUCGAUGGGCAUGUGCCACGAAGCGAUCGGCAACGUGAUGAACGUGGUCGCCCAUCCGGAGAUGAACCACAAAUUUACGCGCGACCUGACGUUCCUGCAGCGCGUCGAAGCCGUCAUCUCGAACCUGAUGAUCCAGUACCACAUCCUGCCGACCGACUUUGCCGUGUUCGAUCGGAUGAUCGAGCAGAACUUUGGCAGCAACAUGACGCGCUCGUGGGAGCUGAUGCGCCGGAUCGAUUUCUUGAUGGUGAACGCGGAACCGACGCUCGGCUACGUGCGGCCACUGGUGCCGAACGCGAUCCAGCUCGGCUUCAUGCACAUACAGCCCCCGAAGGCGCUGCCGGCGGAUCUGCAGACCUAUCUGGACCGGUCGGUGCAUGGGGUGGUGUACUUCAGCCUGGGGACGCUCAUCAGAAGCGAUUCGCUCAAUCAGCACAAUCUCAACCUGUUCCUGGAGGUGUUUAAAUCGCUCAAGUACGAUGUGCUGUGGAAGCAUGAUGGAGACCUAGACCUGAACGGGACGACCAACAUUCGGAUGGAGCGUUGGUUACCGCAGCAGGAUCUUUUAGCCCAUCCGAAGGUGCGCGUGUUUGUGAUGCAGGGCGGCCAGCAAUCGAUGGAGGAAGCGAUCGACCGACAUGUCCCGCUGGUCGUGAUACCGUUCAACUUCGAUCAGUUUGGCAACGCGGACAAGGUGACCGAGCGGGGCAUCGGCCGCUCGGUGUGGAUGGAGCGGCUCACGGUGGAAUCGCUCCGUGAGUGCAUUCUCGACGUGGCCAGCAACAAGCGGUAUAAGCGCAACGUGGCCCGGUUGGGACGCUUGGUGCGCGAUCAACCGAUGCGCCCGGUCGAGAAAGCGGUCUGGUGGACGGAGUACGUCAUCCGGCACGGCGGUGCCGAUCACUAUCGCUAUCCUGCAGCUCACAUGUCCUUCCUGGUGUACCACUACUACGACGUGGUCGGGGCGGCGGUGCUGCUGGCGAUCGCUCUCCUGGCCGCACUGCACUAUCUGGCCGGGCGGCUGUUCCGGUGGUUCGUUGGCGCGAUCAUGUCAUCGUUCGAUCGGCCGCACGCGGUCGGUAAGAUGCUGAAAGAAAAGGCACUGUGAGUCGUACGGUGUUCGGGCACAUGAAAACCGUGACGCAACGGCAGUUUAGGGCGAUUGGGUCACAAUCGUACACGAUCGAGACGAUUUCGCAGCAAGCCCGCGUGCCCAAUUAGCACAGGUUGACGACAGGUGGACGUCGCAUGGUGACAACUUACUGCCACACUAGCUUUAAUGGUUUGUACCGAUCGGGUAAACUUCCUGCGCCGAUGGAGUCGAUGGGAUCGAUCGUACUAUUUCGCUGCAUUUUUAUCGCAGCACGAAGGUUUUAGAGCGCGGAAAACGAACGAGGGCAGCUGGUAGGGAAGGAGUUCACUGUCUCUCUAUUGUAUCUCUGCUUUGUUUUCGGCUAGAGAACCGUUAGGCAUCUCUAGAUUAAGUCACGAUAGUGUUAAGGUAUGUUGUGGACACGGUUAGGAAUAGAUAGCGAUAGACGCUGUGAUUGGGGAGCAUUUUAAUGGUGGAAAUAGACAGUUGUUGACUCUAAAUAAGGGAACUCUGAAUUCUGAACAAAGAGGAUUUACACUCGGUCUAGUUUGGUUUAAAUUACCUGCAAUUCUAUUUCUUUUCCUGCUGAACUUGUUAGAUAUCUUGAAAGUGGCUUUGACCAGUUAUUGAAUGUAGCGUGACAGGAAAAAUGA